CGCCAACUCCAUCAAAAUUCAGAGAGCAUCCAAAGUGAGAAAAAGGAAAGAAGAGCAGUAUCGCAGAAGUCUAUAACCUGAAAACUUGGCCAUACGCCAUUUUCACUUCCACUUUAUUUCUUUCGCGCUUAGGGUUUUGCUGUUUCACCCACAAUUUUCCGUCGCCCAUGCGAGCAAUUCACUUCACCGUUGCAGGUUUUGAGAAGCUGAUAAUCUGUCAUUUAAGUCGUAACCAUUUAUCAGUACUAUAAGGAAGAUUGUUUGUAAUUCAGUGAUAUGGCUUCUGGCAGUAUUAUGUCUUCAGCAGCUGGCAAACCUAUUACUGAUGCUAUGCUUAUUGACAACCUACCUAAAGAAAUAAAUGAAAUGAAGAUCAAUGAUGACAAAGAAGGAAAGGAAAUGGAAGCAACUGUUGUGGAUGGAAAUGGAACUGAAACAGGUCACAUCAUUGUGACAACUAUUGGGGGGAAAAAUGGUCAGCCAAAGCAGACCAUAAGUUACAUGGCGGAGCGAGUUGUUGGACAGGGGUCCUUUGGAAUUGUGUUCCAGGCCAAAUGCCUUGAAACCGGAGAAACUGUGGCAAUAAAAAAGGUCUUGCAGGACAAGAGAUACAAGAAUCGAGAAUUGCAGACUAUGCGACUUCUUGAUCAUCCUAGUAUUGUUUCACUGAAACACUGCUUCUUUUCGACCACAGAAAAGGAUGAGCUCUAUCUAAAUUUGGUUCUCGAAUUUGUACCUGAAACUGUCUACCGUGUGUUAAGACAUUACAGCAAAGCAAACCAACGGAUGCCUAUGAUAUAUGUCAAACUGUACACAUAUCAGAUAUUUAGAGCUUUGGCUUACAUACAUGGGAUAGGAGUCUGCCACAGGGACAUCAAACCUCAGAAUUUACUGGUCAACCCCCACACACAUCAGCUUAAGCUUUGUGAUUUUGGGAGUGCAAAAGUCCUGGUCAAAGGCGAGCCAAACAUUUCAUAUAUCUGUUCACGUUAUUAUCGUGCGCCAGAACUAAUAUUUGGAGCAACUGAGUACACCAAUGCAAUUGACAUUUGGUCUGUGGGUUGUGUCCUAGCUGAACUGCUUCUUGGUCAGCCCCUCUUUCCUGGUGAGAGUGGUGUAGAUCAGCUCGUCGAAAUAAUCAAGGUUCUUGGAACACCAACGCGUGAAGAAAUCAAGUGUAUGAAUCCAAAUUACACUGAGUUCAAGUUCCCGCAAAUCAAAGCUCACCCCUGGCACAAGAUUUUUCACAAACGGAUGCCUCCUGAAGCUGUAGAUCUUGUGAUAAGGCUUCUCCAGUAUUCUCCAAAUUUGAGAUGCACCGCGUUGGAAGCUCUUGCUCACGCUUUCUUUGAUGAGCUCCGUGACCCUAAUGCUGGUCUUCCUAAUGGUCGUCCAUUGCCACCUCUCUUCAACUUCAGGCCUCAAGAGCUGAAAGGAGCGUCUUCAGAACUCUUAAACAAACUGUUACCAGAACAUGCUAAAAAGCAAUGUCCCUUACUUGGGUUCUAGUCUGUAAGAAUUUGUUUAUCUUUUGUAAACUUGAUCCUAUUUAUUAUCACUGUCCAGAGAAUUAGGAAAACCUUUUGACAUCUCCAUUAAUCCAUUAUAUAUCACUUUUAGUCAAUUAUGUAAUCAGCUGAUUCCCCCCUCUGUACUCUACUGAAUUAUUUGUAAAUAGUAAUGUAUAAUAGAAUUUACCUUAUUCGUUAUCGAGAA